AUGACGACCACGAUUGUCUCUGCGACGAGGCGUUCCCAAGUUUCGCAACUUAAUGCAAAGAAAACCAAGCCGGAGAGUAAGCGGCCAACGACGACGUCGACGAGCGGUUUCUCCGGCAGAACGACGAAGGAAUUGACGUGGAAGUGCGUAGAAGGUUGCGGCGCUUGCUGUAAGCUUGCGAAGGACUUCGCUUUCGUCACCCCUGACGAAAUCUUCGACGACCCUGAUGAUGUUGAGCUGUACCGAAGCAUGAUCGGAGAUGAUGGAUGGUGCACAAAAUACGACAAAGCUACACGCAAAUGCUCGAUUUAUGCUGAUCGUCCGUACUUCUGCCGGGUUGAGCCAGAGGUUUUCAAGACUCUCUACGGAAUCGAAGAAAAGAAAUUCAACAAGGAAGCUUGCAGCUGCUGCGUUGAUACCAUUAAGACCAUAUACGGCUCUGAUUCCAAAGAGUUAGAUAACUUCAACCGUGCCAUCAGAAGUACUCCGAGCUCAAGUUAA